GUCCCCGGUGCGUGUGUGUGAGGGAGAGAAGCGCUGGCACCAUGAGCCGCAGUUACAAUGACGAGUUACAGUAUCUGGACAAGAUCCAUAAGAACUGCUGGCGGAUCCGCAAGGGCUUCGUGCCCAACAUGCAGGUAGAAGGGGUGUUCUAUGUGAAUGACCCCCUGGAGAAGCUGAUGUUCGAGGAGCUGAGGAAUGCCAGCCGGGGGGGAGCCGCCGGAGGUUUCCUUCCCGCCAUGAAGCAGAUCGGCAAUGUGGCGGCUUUACCUGGGAUCAUUCAUAGAUCUAUCGGGCUACCAGAUGUGCACUCUGGCUAUGGAUUUGCCAUCGGAAACAUGGCAGCGUUUGAUAUGGACAACCCCGAAGCAGUUGUCUCCCCAGGUGGUGUUGGCUUCGACAUAAACUGCGGGGUCCGCCUGCUUCGUACAAACCUCGAUGAGAGCGACGUGCAGCCGGUGAAAGAGCAGCUGGCCCAGGCCAUGUUCGACCAUAUCCCAGUAGGGGUCGGAUCCAAAGGGGUCAUCCCUAUGGGGGCCAAGGAUCUGGAGGAAGCCCUCGAGAUGGGGGUGGACUGGUCGCUGCGAGAAGGCUACGCCUGGGCCGAGGACAAGGAGCACUGCGAGGAGUAUGGCCGCAUGUUGCAGGCUGACCCCAGCAAGGUCUCCUCUAAAGCGAAGAAGCGAGGGCUGCCUCAGCUGGGGACCCUCGGAGCUGGAAACCAUUACGCCGAAGUCCAGGUGGUCGACGACAUAUACGACGAGUAUGCCGCCAAGAAAAUGGGCAUCGACCACAAGGGGCAAGUGUGCGUCAUGAUCCACAGCGGCAGCCGCGGCUUGGGGCAUCAAGUGGCGACAGAUGCUCUGGUUGCCAUGGAGAAAGCCAUGAAGAGGGACAAGAUCACGGUGAACGAUCGCCAGUUGGCCUGUGCCCGCAUCUCCUCGGCCGAGGGGCAAGAUUAUCUCAAAGGCAUGGCCGCCGCGGGCAACUACGCUUGGGUCAACCGCUCCUCCAUGACCUUCCUGACCAGACAGGCCUUCUCCAAAGUGUUCAACACGACUCCGGACGACCUGGACUUGCACGUCAUCUACGACGUGUCCCACAACAUCGCCAAGGUGGAGCAGCACGUGGUGGACGGGAAGGAGAAGACACUGUUGGUGCACAGGAAGGGGUCCACGCGUGCUUUCCCUCCCCACCACCCCCUCAUUCCUGUGGAUUAUCAGUUGACUGGGCAGCCGGUAUUGAUUGGUGGAACCAUGGGAACCUGCAGUUAUGUCCUUACUGGCACUGACCAGGGCAUGACUGAGACGUUUGGCACUACCUGCCAUGGCGCUGGUCGUGCCCUUUCCAGAGCCAAGUCAAGAAGAAACCUUGAUUUCCAAGAUGUUCUAGACAAACUGGCAGACUUGGGCAUCGCCAUUCGCGUGGCUUCUCCAAAACUGGUCAUGGAAGAGGCCCCCGAGUCGUACAAGAACGUCACGGACGUAGUAAAUACCUGCCACGAUGCCGGCAUCAGCAAGAAAGCCAUCAAGCUCCGCCCCAUUGCGGUCAUCAAAGGCUGAGCCCCCGGGAAAUCGGUGACUGAUAAAACGCCAAUAUUUGCGCUCUUCAUACCUGUCGGUCUGGCAGAUGUUGCUGAGCUCACAGCACUACAGCACGCGAGGGGUUAAUCCUCUGCACUUACCUGGCAACAGCAAAGCCCCCCAAACCUUUUUUUUUUUUUUUUUUUUCCCCCCCCUCCUGCUGAAUUUAGUAGCUGAGAAUUAUCAGCAUUUUGCUUUCUCUUUUACUAACACUGGGCAACGUUUCCCCCAUGCAGUAACCCAUAGCAACCAGCUGCAGGUUUGCAGUAGACCGACCAAAGCUGACUGCUGAUUGGUUGCUAUGGGUUACUGUUUUGUGACAUUGGUCCAGUGUUGGAAUAGGGGCUUCUGGGUAUUAUACUGAUACCGUAGAGUUACUACUGGGGCAGGUUUUGCUUUGUGUGUCUUAAAUCUGCUUUUUUUUGUUAUUGGUCAGAACUGGAUCUCCCUUCACAGAGGGAAGGGAAUCUAAUGAGGGCACUUACUGUAAUAGUAGAGUCCAGGGGUAAGUGGGCCUGCUGGAGAGGGCAUGUAUGGUUGGAUAUUUGCCCAUCAGGGAUGCUGGGAGUUCAGUUCAGCUGUUGGUGGGAGUUGUAGUUUAACAAUCCCCAUAGGGCUAUGUCUGAACUAGGGAACAGGCAAUCGCCUGAUAACAUCGUGCUGGGAGUUGUAGUGCAACAACAGCUGGAGGGUCAGGGGUUAAACUCUGACCUUUUAUAUUACCUCCCCUUCAGUGGGGGGGUGAGCAGCUUUCCUGCUUUGCAAAUGGGGCCCCCCGCUAUCACUAUUUGCCUGACUGCACAAGAGGGAAAUAAAAAAAUCCUUACAAGCAA